AUGAAGUUUCUCCAGGUCGCCACUUUCAUGGCGUUGACUCUCAGUGGGGUUUACGGCGUUCCUCAGAUGCGUUCCGGCAAUGAGGUAACCGUCGAAUCCCGAAGCCUGGGAAACUCCGACGCGACUCUGUCUGGAGUUUCUCAUUCGGCCGAAAACAAGGAUAAGAGAGACAUCGAGGUCGUCAGCCGUCCCAAUGGGCCAGCACCGCCCUCGAAGGGAGAUCCACACGGACCCCCGAAGCGGUCCUUGGUCGGGCUUGUCAAGCGGCCUAAUGGGCCAGCGCCACCUUCUAAGGGCGAUCCCUCAACUCCCCCUAAGCGAGAUCUGGGACUUGUGAAGCGGCCCAACGGUCCUGCACCGCCAUCUAAGGGUGACCCGCAUGGGCCGCCGAAACGUGAUGUGACUGAAGAGGCUACCCAGGACGAGUGA